AUAGAAGAAGAUAAGACGAAAAAUCUUCCGAUGGAUGAGGAAGAAAACCAGGAUUCACUGGUUGACUACGAUAGUGACAGCAGCGUGGUCACAGUGGUAGAGAGAGAGAGAGGUAGUGAUAAAACAAUAAGUAAAGAUGAAGAAGAAAAAGAGAACAAGAAGGAGACUGAAGCAAAGGGUGCAAUCCCGAAACGCGGCAAACCAAAAAUUAUAGAGAACAUAGAUGUAAAUAGAGAAUGGGCUGAAAAUCGUCCUGUACUACCUAUAGGGACAAAGAUACUUUACGAGAAACAAGAAAAGAUGGUUGAGAAAAUGGAAUCGGUAAUGAAGAUGUUGGAUAAGGUUAUGACCCAAGCAACCUCCAUGAUGGAAAACAUGGUAGAAGUCGCCCGCGUAAAUUUAGAGAAAGAGAAACUAAAGAUUAGACGUUUAGAGGUAAAUAAACAGAAUACGCAAAGUAAAGUAGAAAACGGUAUACAAACGGUUAAAGAAUCAGAAGUAGAGCCUAAAAAGAAAAAGUUAGAUGAAACAGUCUGUUCAGUCGAGAAAAAUAGAAGUUUAGAGACAAUUAAGAGUGCUUUAGAAGUAGAAUUAAACAGUCAAAGGUUGCAUAUUAGAAGAGAAUAUAAGCUAACGCAAAAAUCCAACUUUGAUCUUUGGAUGGAUUAUUUAAAAUCCGAAUUAAUGAAUAACGAGUUAUUAGAUGUAAUAGAUUCAAACAUUGAUAGUCCAGAAAAUCUUUCCAAAUUAAAAGUUGCUAAGAGAAAAAGUUUAUUAGAGGCAGAGACUAAGAGUGAAGUUAGAGAGAAGCUAGAGAAACCAGAGGUUAGAGUGCAGAGGGCUACCACAGAAGAGCACAAAGAAGUAAAGUGCUACUGA